AUGGCGAUCGGCGGGAUCAUCGGCGGCCACCACCGGCACUCCGUGGUGGCGUCGCGCGUGGCCAUGUUCGCCCACCUGCUCUUCCUCACCACCGCCGUGCUCAUGCUCGUCUGGCUCCUGCGCUUCCGCGGCGGCAUCAACAUCCAGUCCGACGACCCCGAGCAGAUCUUCAACGUCCAUCCCUUUGUGAUGACAUGGGGGUUCAUUCUUCUCAUCGGUGAAGCCAUACUGGUGUACACGACGAUCCCAAUGAACCACCGGGCGCAGAAGAUGGUGCACAUGCUGGUGCACCUGGUGGCCUUCGUCCUCGGCGUCUUCGGCAUCUACGCGGCCUUCAAGUUCCACAACGUGGCCGUGGUGCCGGACCUUGUGAGCCUCCACUCCUGGAUCGGCAUCGGCGCCAUCUCCCUCUUCGCGCUGCAGUGGCUCAUCGGCUUCGCCGUCUUCUGGAUGCCCGGCACGCACGAGCACACGCGCGCCGCCGCGGCCCCCGUGCACGUCGCCGGCGGGCUCGUCAUCUUCCUCCUCGGCGUCUGCGCCGCGCAGACGGGGCUCGUCCAGAAGAGCGCCAGCGCCACGCCCGGCACCGAGGCCAGGCUCAUCAACGUCACCGGCCUCUUCAUCGUCUUCUACGGGGUCACCGUCGCGGCCACCGUCAUGCUGCGCAUCGCCACGCGCUACCAGUAG